UAUUUUUAUUGUGGAUUAAUAUGUGCUAGUUUGUGCCGUUAUUUUAUACUUGCUGUCGAAGGGGGAGGUUGUGCCGAAUUGUUGCAUGCAUGGAAAAAAGGAAAAGCGCUCGCUUGAAUGCAAUUUUCAUUAGUAAGAAAAUUGUGAGAACUUAAGCAAGAAGCACACGAAGCAGAAGAAGCAGCAACAAACAAUACAAUAUAAUAAAAAAAAAAAAAAACAUUCCAAACUCUCUGACAAUACAACUGCGCCGCUAGUUUUUGUAGAUUUUUCCCCCCACUACCACCACCGCCACCCCAUACAUAUCGCCGGGGCAUUAACAACAAUUGAGAACUGUUUGACUACCAACAACUAAAAUGCGGCGGCAGUCCACGAUGCUAGCCGCGAUAUUGAUGGCCGCCCUGCUGGGCAGCACCAUUGCGGUCGAGGACAACUCACCGCCAAAAAUCACCAAGCAGCCGCCCACCGAUGAGCUGCUGUUCAAGGUGGCGCAAGCGAACAAAGAGAGCGACAAGCCAUUCAUUAUUGAGUGCGAGGCCAAUGGACACCCGGAACCAGAAUAUCGUUGGAUUAAGAACGGCAAGAAGUUCGACUGGCAGGCAUAUGAUAAUCGCAUGCUGCGUCAGCCUGGACGCGGUACGCUGGUGAUAACAUCGCCAAAGGAUGAGGAUUUGGGCCAGUACCAGUGCUUUGCCUCCAAUGAGUUCGGCGUGGCCACUUCCAACUCCGUGUUCGUGCGCAAGGCCGAGCUGAAUGCAUUCAAGGACGAGGCGGCGCGCAGCGUGCAGGCGAACGAGGGUGAGCCCUACUCGCUGCAGUGCGAGGCGCCCGAUGGCUGGCCCAAGCCCACGGUCAACUGGUUGAUACAGGAGUCGAGCAAUGUGGGCAUCAAGUCCAUAAACAAUUCACGCAUGACUUUGGAUCCCGAGGGUACACUCUGGUUCUCGAAUGUGACGCGCGAGGAUGCCAGCGGCGACUUCUGGUACGCGUGCUCUGCGACCUCGGUGUUCCGCAAUGAGUACAAGAUUGGCAACAAGAUCCUGCUCGAUGUUAAGCAGAUGGGCGUGAGUGCCAGCCAGAACCGAUACGCACCCAAGCGCCAGUAUGUGACCAGGAAGAACGAGGUGGCGCUGCGAGGCAAACGCGUGGAACUCUAUUGCAUCUAUGGCGGAACGCCGCUGCCGCAGACGGUGUGGAGCAAGGACGGGCAGCGGGUGCAGUGGAACGAUCGAAUAACGCAGGGCAACUAUGGCAAGUCGCUGAUCAUAAGGCAUGCAAAGUUCGAUGACGAGGGCACCUACAGCUGCGAUGUGUCCAACGGUGUGGGCCAGGCGCAAUCCUAUUCGAUCAAUCUGAAAAUACAUGCCAUACCCUACUUUACGGUGGAGCCCGAGGAUCAGAGCGCCUCCGAGGAUGAGGAGGUCAUAUUCAACUGCAAGGCGGCGGGACAUCCGGAGCCGACCAUCCAGUGGAUACACAAUGGCAAGCCCAUCGCUCAGAGCGAACCCAACCCAAGACGCACUGUGACCAACAAUUAUAUUAAGAUUGUGAAUCUGAUCAAGAAGGAUACGGGCAACUAUGGCUGCAACGCCACCAACUCGCUGGGCUAUGUCUACAAGGAUGUCGUCCUGAAUGUGCAGGCUGUGGCGCCCCAGAUCAAGGAGCCGCCACGCGCCGAGGCCACCGUCAAUGGCAAGAACAUAACCAUGCGCUGUGUGGUCUUCGGUGCACCCAAGCCCCAAGUCAAGUGGCGCCACAACAGCAACUGGCUGACCGGCGGUCGCUACAACGUCCUGCCCUCGGGUAACCUGCAGAUUCAGGAGGUCACCUUUGCGGACAAUGGCAACUACACUUGCUAUGCUGUGAAUAAGUUCGGCAAUGCCACGGCCCAGGGUACGCUGGUGGUGAAGGAGCGCACACGCAUCACGCAGGAGCCUCAGAACUACGAGGUGGCUGCCGGCCAAUCUGCCACAUUCCGUUGCAAUGAGGCGCACGACGAUACGCUCGACUUGGUGAUCGAAUGGCAUAAGGACGGCCAGGCCAUAGACUUUGAGGCCGAGGCGCGUUUCGUGAAGACCAAUGACAACUCGCUGACCAUUGCCAAGACAAUGGAGCUGGAUUCGGGUGAAUAUACAUGUGUGGCCAAGACGCAGCUGGAUGAGGCGACGGCCAAGGCGAAUCUCAUCGUGCAGGAUGUGCCCAAUGCGCCCAAGCUGCGCGGCAUUUCCUGUUUGGCGGACAAGGCGGAGAUCAACUGGGAGCCACAGGGCGACAAUCGCUCACCCAUUCUCCACUACACCAUACAGUUCAACACCUCGUUCACGCCCGCCUCCUGGGAUACCGCCUACGAGAAGGUGCCCAGCACGGACUUCUCCUUUGUGGUCGACAUGUCGCCCUGGGCCAACUACACGUUCCGUGUCAUCGCCUUCAACAAGAUCGGUCCCUCACCGCCGUCGGAGCACAGCGAACCCUGCACCACCCAACCGGAUGUGCCCUACAAGAAUCCCAAGAAUGUUGUCGGCCAGGGUACGGAGCCCACCAACCUCGUGAUCAGCUGGACACCCAUGCCAGAGAUCGAGCACAAUGCGCCCAAGUUCCAAUACCGUGUCAGCUGGAAGCGUGACAUACCCGCUGCUGCCUGGGAGAACAAGGAGAUCUAUGACUGGCGUCAGGAUAAUAUUGUCAUAGCCGAUCAGCCGACGUUCGUCAAAUAUCUUGUCAAGGUGGUGGCAAUCAACGAGCGCGGCGUCUCUAACAUUGAUCCAGAGGAGCUUAUCGGCUACUCUGGCGAGGAUCGCCCCUUGGAGGCACCCACCAAUUUCACCAUGCAAACGCUCACCUCUUCCACUCACGCCUACGUCGCCUGGAAUCCAGUCAGCGAGGAGUCGGUGCGUGGUCACUUCAAGGGCUACAAGAUCCAAACCUGGACCGACAGCGAGGGCGAGGAGGGUCUGCGCGAAGUUCACACCAUCCACAAUACCGCUCUCGUCACACAAUUCAAGCCCGACUCCAAGAACUAUGCCCGCGUCCUUGCCUACAAUGGCCGCUUCAACGGUCCACCCAGCGCCGUCAUCGACUUCGAUACGCCCGAGGGUGUGCCCUCGGCUGUCCAAACGCUGGAGGUCUAUCCCUUGGGCUCCUCCGCCUUCUGGCUGACCUGGAAGAAACCUUUGAACCCCAAUGGCAAACUCACUGGCUACAAGCUCUACUACGAGGAGGUCGUCGGCAGCUAUGUGGGCGAGCGACGUGAAUACAAUCCCCACAUCACCGAUCCCCGCACCACUCGCAUGAAGAUGGCCGGACUGAAGCCCGACACUAAAUAUCGCAUCUCCAUUACCGCCACCACCAAAAUGGGCGAGGGCACUGAACACUACGUUGAGAAGAGCACGCUGAGUGAGAGUCCCAUGCCACCAUCGACGCCCACUCUGAACUGGGAGCCAAAGACUUCAGCCAACGGCAUGCCCGCCUAUCGCAUCAACUGGGUGCCCAGCAUCGACGGACGUUCUGGCUCACAUUUCUUCACCAAGUACAGAGUUAAGGGUGAAACCGAAUGGAAGAAUAUGCAGGCGGAGACAAAUAGCGAUCAUCAGACGGUGGAGAGCCUGCAGCCGGAUACGGUCUAUGAGUUCCGCGUCGUCUCAGUGGACGGACACUACUUCACGGAGAGCGCCACGACAGAGAUCGAUACGAAUAGCCUGGAGGGACCCAUCAUGGUGCCCAACGAGAGCAUGGCGAAUGCCGGCUGGUUCAUUGGCAUGAUGCUGGCGCUUGCGAUCAUUAUCAUACUGUUCAUUAUCGUCUGCAUAAUACGGCGCAAUCGUGGCGGCAAAUACGAUGUGCAUGAUCGCGAGCUGGCCAACGGCAGACGCGAUUAUCCCGAUGAGGGCGGCUUCCAUGAGUACUCGCAACCCUUGGACAACAAGAGCGCUGGUCGCCAAUCCGUUAGUUCAGCGAAUAAGCCCGGCGUAGAGAGCGAUACUGACUCGAUGGCCGAAUACGGCGAUGGCGAUACAGGUCAAUUCACGGAGGAUGGCUCGUUCAUAGGACAAUAUGUGCCCGGCAAGCUGCAGCCACCGGUUAGUCCACAGCCGCUAAACAACACCGCCUCGUCGCAUCAGCCGCCAGCGUCGCAGCCUGCCUCCGCACCACCAGCUGCCCCCACUGGAGCCGCCAGCACUGCCGCUGUGGCCACCUACGUCUAAGAGGCCUCGUCGUCGUCGUCGGCUACCCCGCAAUCCUCUUAAAAAACAUAACUGCUUUUAAUUCACGCAAUCAAAGCUAUGCCCCCCCAACUUUAUUAACUGUAUGUCUGUAUGAGUGUGCGUGCGUGUGUGUGUGUGUAUGAGUGUGAAAAACUGCUUUAAGUGUCUGCAACAAAAUUACAAAAAAAUUAAAUAAUUAAACACACACAUUU